AUGCCACCCAGAAACAAAGACUCUAAAGGGCGCAUCAUCCACGCUUCCAAGUCCCAAGACCAAGAUUGCUAUGAAGGGGAACGUCUCGAUCGUCUGCUCCAAUCAAUUCAGAGAAAGAUAGAGUCAGCAAGACUUAUGAUGGAUGAUAGCAAGUGUUUACCCGAAAAGAUGUGGUUCAAGCAACAAUUUGCAAUAGGGGUGAAUGAAGUCACUCGUGUCCUUGAACGCAUGCCACCAGUGACACCAAUGGCGCCAACGUUGCAGCCAUUGACGCCGUUAGCGCCAAGCUUAGCUUCUAAUCGUACUAAAGCACCAUACAUUGGGCUUCAGGCUGUUCUGAUAGCUUCUGAUUGCAAUCCACGAUGGCUGUCAAAGCAUCUGCCAAGCUUGGCCCUGUCAAGGAAGGUCCCCUUGAUCUUUCUCAAAGAUAACAAGGGAGCUUCUUUAAGAUUGGGUCAACUUGUUCAACUUAAAACCGCCAUUGCCAUUGGAGUUAAGGCCAAAGGAAAUGUCAUCAAUCAACUUAUUGAGGAAAUUCUCCGCGGCAAUACAAUUCAACUUGGAAUUGAAUGCCUCAACUCGACUCCAAUGCUUACAACAGCACAUGGGCAAGUCCAGAGAUGA